CUUUCUUUUUGGACAAAAUCUCUGUGUCUUCUUCUUUUUGUCCUUAAUUUCUUUCUCUGUCUGCAUUCUUACUUGUAAUGAGAGCCUUCUUUGUCUUUAUGGUUUUAAACAUCCUCAUCUUUUGAAUAUAUUAUUGCAUGCAUGGCUCUCUUGAGGUUAGGCUCAAAAUCUGAAGCUUUCCAUCGCGAAGGCCAAACAUGGUUUUGCACAACCGGGCUUCAGAGUGAUAUUACUAUUCAGAUAGGAGAAAUGUCUUUCAACCUCCACAAGUUUCCAUUGCUUUCAAGAAGCGGGCUACUGGAGAAACUUAUCGGAGAACUUCCUGUUGUGGAUGGUUCAGCACGUAUCUUGCAACUUGAUGACAUACCUGGUGGUGCUAAAACAUUUGAGCUCAUAAGCAAAUUUUGCUAUGGUGUAAAAAUAGAGCUCACGUCUUUGAAUAUAGUCAGCCUUAGAUGUGCAGCAGAGUACCUUCGCAUGACUGAAGAUUAUGGAGAAGGAAAUCUAAUUAUGCAAACUGAGGCAUUCCUUAAUGAAGUCUUCGGCAACUGGGAGGAAUGUCUAAAAGCUCUUGAAACAUGUGAAGAAGUUCUACCUUACGCAGAAGAGCUUCAUGUUGUCUCCAGGUGCAUCGACUCCUUAGCAAUGAAAGCUUGUACUGAUCCACAAUUGUUCAAUUUGCCUUCAUCAGGACAAACCAACUCGCAGCAGAAUGAGGCUAGUGCAAUAGUCUGGAAUGGGAUAUCCGUUACGACUAAGCCAGAACCUGUCGGUGAUAAUUGGUGGUUCGAAGAUGUCUCGUUCCUUAACUUACCUCUAUACAAGCAAUUGAUUUUAGCUGUUGAAUCAAGGGGAAUGAAGCUUGAGACUAUCUCUGCAUCACUUAUACAUUAUGCGAAAAAGUAUCUUCCCUUGAUGAAUAGGCAAUCAAGCUUCAAUAACACCAAUCAUGUCAACCACACGGGAACGGUUGUUUCCUACCCUUCUGAAGCUGACCAAAGAAUCCUCCUCGAAGAGAUUGUGACAUUACUCCCUAAUAAGAAAGGAGUCUCUUCCCCUAAGUUUUUACUUAGGCUGCUUCGCACGGCUAUGGUCUUGCAUGCUAGCCCAUCAUGCCGAGAAAAUUUGGAAAAAAGGGUAGGUGCUCAGUUAGACCAAACUGUACUUGUAGAUCUUCUCAUACCAAAUAUGGGGUACUCGAUCGAGACGCUUUAUGAUAUAGACUGUGUUCAGAGGAUUCUUGAUCAUUUCAUGUCAUUACACCAAGAAACAACUUUUUCUCCUUGCAUAGUUGAAGAGGGAGAGUUUCUGGGCGGCAAUGAUGCACUAACACCAGUGACAAUGGUUGCUAGUCUGAUGGAUGGAUUUCUUGCUGAAAUAGCACCAGAUGUUAAUUUGAAGCUCCCGAAAUUUGAGGUACUUGCUGCAACCAUACCUGAUUAUGCAAGGCCGGUUGACGAUGGAGUUUAUCAUGCUGUUGAUGUAUAUUUGAAGGCACAUCCUUGGCUUACAGAUUUGGAGAGGGAGCAACUUUGCAGACUCAUGAACUGCCAGAAGCUAUCACUAGAAGCUAGCACUCAUGCAGCACAGAAUGAGAGGCUACCUCUUAGAGUAAUUGUUCAAGUACUCUUCUUCGAACAACUUAGGCUUCGUACUUGUGUUUCUGGCUGGUUCUUUGUCUCUGAGAAUCUCGACAACUCGCAAAAUCCUUGUGGAAACCUUGGACACCCCAGAAAGGCUGGUUCCUGUCCAAUGGACUCUGCAAAAGACAAUACUGUGGGUGUUGAUAUGACGGAUCGUGUUUCUGAGCUUGAAAAGGAAUGUUCAAGCAUAAAAGAAGAGCUUCAGAAGCUUAUGAAGACGAAAAAGAAGUGGACAAUAUUUUCCAAAAGGUUCAGUUUUAGACAGAAGCUACCGCCCUGCAACUCGAAAAGAGCAUGCGACUUGAAGGAUCAAGCAAUGUCUACGAAUAGGCAACAGAAUCAUGAGAAUGGUGAUGUGGCUCAGUAAAAGAAUCAAUUUCCAAUGACCUGAACAGCACUGUCAUUCUAUUUUCUUGUUUCUUUGUUAAUUUGAAGGCCAAGUAAUUCUUUUUCUGCAGAUUACAGAAUAAGCAUAUUCUUUUGUUUAAGAGUUAGAUUUUUAGUUCAAUUCUUUUCUUUUUCUU